AAAAUCCGAACCCGAGAACUCGAAAUCAGUGGUAGGUACUGUAUUUACUUUAAAGUAUGGUGUUAAAAUAUUCAUAUCGUUCAGCCGGGAAAUUUUGUCCGAGGGAAGCAAUUUGUAGGAGCACAGCGGAAGCACGUGUUUCGCAUGCUCGUGUAUGUGUGUGUGUCAGUUUCGUGCUGUUUCAAUAUCUGAAGCAGUUUUUCUCGUUACAUUAGUUCGGUUUUAAAAGUUUCCUUCGGUAUAUGACAUGUAAAUAAUAAGUAUAUUGUGUAUAAGACUAUAUAAAAACAGUUUUUGUUGCACUGUUUUAAUGAUUUCUGUCUUUAAAAUAACAUUAUACCGGUAGUUUAGUUUAAGAAAAAAUGAAAAUAACUCGCCAGAAACAUGCCAAGAAGUAUAUUAGUUUUUAUAAGUACAAUUUUAAAUUCCGACCUCCUUUCCAAAUACUGAUUGAUGGUACCUUCUGCCAAGCUGCGCUGAAAAAUAAAAUUCAGAUAAAAGAGCAGAUGCCGAAGUAUCUCAUGGGGGAAGUGCAGCUGUGUACUACAAACUGUGUUUUAAAGGAACUGGAAUCACUUGGGAAGGAGUUAUAUGGAGCAAAAAUAAUUUUACAGAGGUUUCAGGUUCGGAACUGUGCACAUAUUAAGAGUCCUGUUGGUGCAUCUCAAUGCCUGCUGUCAAUGAUUGAUGACAAUAACCCUCACCACUACUUUGUAGCCACACAGGACCAAGACCUGACAGCAUCAGUAAAGAGGAUACCAGGGAUCCCUCUGAUAUUUAUCAUACAAAACACAAUGGUUUUAGACAAACCUUCCCCUAGUUCUACUGCCCACGUCCAGGCUGUGCAAACUGGACAACUGGUGACCGUUCAGCAGAAACAAAGCAUUCAAACCCUGAAGGAGGAGCAGGGGUUAGUGAAUUCAACAGAGCGCAGGGGCAGGAAACGCAAAAGGAAAGGUGGGCCAAAUCCCCUGAGCUGUCUGAAGAAAAAAAAGAAGAUCCAGGGGCCGCAGCAGCAGAAGCCUGCUGGGGAGAAGAAGAAAAGGAAACGCCACAGGAAGCGUACAGGAGGGGGAGGUUUGCAGGUGGAAACCAUCGCUCAGAUUGAAAAAGCUUAAUACAGAGACUGGGGAUGGUUUUUUUCCAUAUUAUUAAAUUGAAAACUCCCAACCGGAAUACAUUAUGAAGACUGCGACAAGCUAUGGUUUAACCACCUUUCUGAUUUCAUGAGACCACUCUAGGUAAACCAAACCACACAAAUCUGUAAAAAGCUGAUAGGUAAAACUAUAAGAAAUUAAUUCAAGAAGACAAACGUUAAGACUAAAACUGAUGAAAGCAUUAGGCGAAACAAUUGUCUGACCAAUGUUCUUAUAAUGUACUGUUGUGAAUGUUUAAAGUUAUGUAUAAACAGUUGAGAAGCCAAAGGUCUUUAUCGUGAAGUAAUUUAUACAAUGCUGCUGUAAAACAACAUUACAACCCAUAGACAAAUAGUGCCCCUAUAAGCAGUUGUUGCAGUGAUACUUGGAGUCCUUGGAUACCAGACCUAUUCUUACCCUUUGUGGUUCUGGAAUUCUGUUGUGCCUCCACAUACCAACUUUAAUUUCUGUGCCAUGAAUAGUUUUUCUUCAAUAGCAGCAAGUUGACAACUAAUUCUGUAAAUCUUUCUAAAGAGUAAAACUCUGUACACCAUUGCUGUGCUAUUUUAGGGGUAGCAAGAUUCCAUCAGUUUUUGUAUUUGGUAAUAUCAACAUGGGGCUCAUUCAAGAUGUGGCUAAUAAAAGGUGUAAUCAUUCACCAGAUGUGUCGGAUUGUAGGAAUCAGGCUCAUACUAAAUCUUCACUGAAUUUGUAAUCCCUCCAUGGUUCCCUGGACCUUGUCCAACAUUUAAUCAAUUAAAGGCACACAGACAAAACUUAUUUCUGAUCAGUUCAGAGCAGAUUUAACUGGAGCCAAGUUGUUUAGAUUUAGUAAAAAUAAUGAAUCUCAACAAUGAAGUAAUAAAAACAGAACAUGAUUGGGUGCAGGAUCUCUGUUCACAUGCACUAUUUUCAGUUGAUCUAAAGUGGCUAAUCUAAAUAUUGCUGCUGUUAAAAUAUGGAAAUAAUAAAGGACCCAAGGUUCUGAAAAUGAAUGAUCCAAAUGUGCAUCUAGUUUCCGUCGUAUAAAUUAUGGCAGUAUUUAGGUCAGUUGAAAAUACUGUUAACUUAAUUCUAUAAAAUUAAAACAAAAUGCUAGUGUCUGAAACCUUUUAGACCAGACACAGGCAAUCGAAUGAGUGAGUGAGUGAUUGGCAGUUCCUGCUUUAGCGCAUGCUUGUUAACAAAGCAAGUCAUCGAUAGGCCGAUUCAAUCCACGCCCCCUCCUUUCGCUCCUACUGGAAGGGAGGAUUUUUUCAUAUUGUUUUCAUCCAUGAUUUUGAUUGACUGUCUCCUCGUGUGUUUGUUGAAAUGAAAGCAUAAAAGUAAGAGCAGUUUUUUUUUUUUAAAUAUAUAUUUGGAUGUUUUUUACGUGUUCUCUUUAGUCUAGAUAAGUCAGUCUAGUAAGUUUGCGCACCCUCCUAUCUUUUCUGUAUAAAAUGCCUUAAAUUCACGCUGAUCUAGUUUUACGUUACACCAAGAAUGAUUGUGUAAACUAUUUGAAUUUGAAAUUCUGAAGUGAAAUACGAAUUUAAAAAAAUAAAGUACUUCAACUUUUAAAAACAAAUUGUUAUAAACUUUAUUUUCUGCUAAAUUAAACAUAAAUAAAGGCUUUUUCCCCCCACA